AUGGCUCAAAUGUUGAGUUUCAUGAAGGACUUAAGAGAUGAACAGGAAAAGGCUAGGGAAGUUCGGAGUCAGUAUGAGGAAAUACCGAACGAUGGCAACCCGCUGUUAGGAUUUGUUCGAGGCUUUGACCCUCACAAGUCAAAUGCCCACUCCUCUAAGAGAGUUACCAGAACCCAUGAAGUGGGAGAAGCUUCCCAUGAAGGAUUCAUUCCCACCACUCAGAAAGAGGGGGCACCUCGCACUGUUCGCAUCCCUGCUAACAAUCCGCCUAAGGAUGACGACUACGUGGAUUUGCAAUAUGGGGAGGCUGAUGAAACAAAUCAGGAACCCCAACAUAAGCAAACCCAAUCUGAUUAUGAAGAAAGUGCUAUAAAUAGUGGACAAAUCAAGGCGCUAGAAGAAAGGCUGAAAGCAGUAGAAGGAUAUGACGUGCCUAUGCCACCCCCGCUCCCCGGAAAGAUUCCACCCAAAUUUAACCAAAACGAAAGGUGCGAAUUUCACGCUAACUCCCCCGGACACACACUAGAGAAAUGUUGGGCUUUCAAACACAAGGUUCAAGACUUGAUAGAGUCAGGGGCAAUCGCUUUUGACAAACCUAACGUCAAAACGAAUCCCAUGCCUCGUCAUGAUGACACAGUCAAUACGAUCGAGGUCGUCACUGAGCAAGAGUUAGUUCAACAACGGAGUUCCCCCAUAGAUGCCCUUAAGAGGUAUUUACUUACAAAGGGGUUCAUCCUAGAUCAUAACGAAGCUUUUAAGAACACCCUGCAAAGACUCGUGGACCAAGGAGUGAUCCAGUUAAAAGAGUAUCCUGAGGAGGAGUAUAUGGCCAUGCUAGAUAGGAAUGAGCCAUUAAUAAUACCCAGUCAAGGGGCAAGGAAGCCUCUAAUUAUCCCUUGUCCCCAAGCACCAUUGCUGAUACCGACACAAGGGCAUACCAGGAUUAUCCCAGUCAAAGCUCCAUACCCUGUGGACAAGAUGAAAGCGGUCCCUUGGGAAUAUAAUUCUGUCACUAAUACUGUCGUGACAAACAUUGUUGGGCCUGGGGGCAUGACUCGUAGUGGCCGCAUAUUCAGUACUGCACGACCAAAUGAAAACUUGGCGCAAGCAAGUAAUCAAACUACUGUAGUCCCGACUGAAGAAGGCAUGUCCAAGGAUAAGGAGAUCACCAAUAAAGAUGCUGAAGAGUUUUUGGCAUUAAUAAAGAAAAGUGAUUAUAGAGUGGGGGACCAGUUACACCAAACUCCGUCCAAAAUAUCACUCCUCUCGCUACUAGUGCACUCGGAGAAACAUCGAGACGCCUUGAUGAAAAUCCUGAAUGCCGCGCACGUGACCAAAGACGUCAUUGUAAACCAAUUCGAUGGAAUGGUGGCUAAUCUCACUACCGGGGCAUGCUUAAGUUUCAGUGAUCAUGAGCUACCCUCACAAGGGAAGGAGCAUAACAAAGCCUUGCAUAUCUCCAUACAAUGUGGGAAAGCUCACUUGUCUAGAUUUCUAAUCGACACAGGUUCAUCAUUAAACGUGAUGCCAAAAUCCACGCUCGAUAAGAUAGCGUUGGAAGGUCUAGUAGUUAGACCAAGUCAUCUGGUAGUCAAGGCCUUCGAUGGAUCACAAAGUCCGGUAUUUGGAGAAGUAUACCUCCCUGUGGUAGUGUGUCCCCACACCUUCUGCAUCAAUUUCCAAGUGAUGGAAAUUGAACCAGCUUAUACUUGCUUAUUGGGACGUCCCUGGAUUCAUGCCGCUGGGGCAGUUACCUCCACUCUCCAUCAGAAAGUAAAAUUUGUGGACGGAAACUUUAUAGUGACCGUCAAUGGGGAGGAGGACAUCUUUGUUAGCAACCUGGAUUCGUACCGAUACAUCGAGGCUGGAGAAGGGGCGUUAGAAACCUCAUUCCAAGCACUAGAGAUCGCGACUGCUGUCACACUACCGGUAGAGAAGAUAUGA